UUUUAAAUUAGAUACCGCUAAUUAUGUUGUGAGGGUAUUUCUAUGAAUACUAAUAAGAUGACUUUUAUAAUCAUUUAAUUAUUUUGUGUGCACGUGUAACGGUUAUAAAUAACAAUGGAAGACGAUGAUAAAAAGAACAAAGUGUUUUCUUAUAGCAAUCUGGAAAAUCAAACAUAUCGGUAUUUACAACAUCUAGCUAAAUCUCUUGAAUUACCGGCAAAUUUUAAGAAAAUAUAUCUUAUAGAAUUAAUACUUGCCAAAAAACACAACACAGAUGUUGAAGUGAACAACAUCAUUAAAAGGGUAAAAACUGAAAGGCUUCAACUUGUGUGUGCAAGAAAGGAAUGGUUGAAACGUAAACAGAUUGUCCACAAAUCUUCACCACCGAUAAUGUCUACACCAAAACGUUUCAGUUACAGCCCUGAGAUGAGAACAAUCUCUUACAACCCUAAAAGAAAUUUACUUAGAAAUAUUUCCGCUAAAAACUCAUGCGACAGAGUCUUAAGGAGCUUCGAUAUGAAAAAUUACACCUCAAAUUCCAUAGACAAUUUGAACAAAGAGUCAAGUAUAAAGAUCAUAGCUAACGGCGGAUUCCCACAAAUUAAUUUAGCCAAGUGUGUUAUGAAGCGACAUAGGCCGAGCAUUCUGACAUCCAACACGGGAUUGAAGAGGCAAUUGAUGCUAACAUCGGCGAUGGACACUAUAGACCAACCGGCGAAACGCAAACGAACACUGAGCGGCAUUUAUCCGAUACAAGACCUGAUACCAAGAAACUUAACAACAGACAGCGUCUGUUUGAGAAAAAUUGACGGUAGUUUGGCUAAAAUAAACGCUCUGAUACAAAAAAGCAACAGUACAAUGCCGAUACAGAAAAAUAGCUACAGAAACCAGGACGUGAACGUGCAGGAGAUAAUAAACUGCGUGGAGUCUAGCAACGUGCUUCAGUACCCGAACAUGUCGGCGCUGGACACGAGCACAGCCGACAGCUACAGCGACGCGGACCUGUACUCCAUACACUACCACAAGAAAAUAAAAGAGCAGAUAAGAUGCGAGAGGAUAAGAAACGUGUCCGAGAGCCAGCACCUGCCCGACAUCAGCGAGGUGUUCAGUCAGCUCAGUCAGCUCAACAGAAAGGAUCUCACGGCGCCGCUGUACGUGCAAGUCAGUUCGGAGUCCGAGAGAACACAAAACUACGUGUACAACAUGCCGCGUGGCUCCAGCGCCGUGAUGCUGGAGACGUUGUAUAAUUUUAAAAACCAACUAAUAACCAACACGCCGCUCUUGAAGAUAGCGUCUACAGCGAGCACCAAGUCUGUUUACAGCACGCCCACAGUCGUCACAGCCUUGCCGCAACCUUCCACUGUUACCGCCGACGCUUACCCCUCUGAAAACCGUAGGUUGGAGGACGUGUACGAAUUCCUUCAAUUCUCAGAAUCCACAUUAAGAAGAUACUCGCAAGAUCCCGAUACUCCGAUGUCUCAGAGCUCACAGGAUAUAAACACUUGUAGCAUACCGGAGAUGGUGGAAGACGCUAUGGACAUCAUAAGGGGGGACGGGAAUUACAUGCAACAGAUAGAGACGGAGUCGGUGAGAUGUGUUCUGUGUCAAGAAGAAGCGAACAAGCUCACUAUAGAAGGACAUGUUAGAAUGGAACACCCCGAACACAUCCACCGCGGCGCCAGCGAGUGUUCCGUGUCUUUCCGUCUGUCCUCUAUCUGCGGCUCCUGGUCCAGCGCCGUGGUCGAGCUGGAUGAUGUGCUGUGCGUGUUGAACGUCAGGUGUCAUGAGGAUCAUCUAUGGGGCGUACUGACGUCAUUAUCAUCGGAUGCUGUACAAAAAUUUGGCAAGAUAACAAUAUAUAACAAGCUUUCCGGGGAGCCGUUCUAUUGGUACGGCCCUAUACAUCCAUCAUACCACCAGCUGUAUGAAAACGGCACGAAUUGCAUCAAAAUAGGCCUAUCCAAAUUAGAUUUGCUACACAACAGUGCAAACAUAAGAUUUGUCAACAGCGAGCUGGUCAGUGACACAAACAGCAAAGUUAUUGUCGGACAGAAAAUUCUAAACGACAUAACAAUUGAUGUGUAUGUUAAUGUCUUUUGACAUUUUAUGUCAUUUAUUGUGUCACAUCUGACAUCUAUUAUGUCAUACGUUAUGUAGAUUAAAUUUUAAUCCACAUAUUUAUAUUGUCUAUUUAUAAGAGAUGAUUUUUUUUUUAUUAUAUAUUUUUUUUGUCUUUACCGGAGUUGAUUUUGAUGGUUUUGUUUUUGUUUUGAAUUUUUUAUGAAGACGAUUUAGAGAUUUAUUUCAGAAGAAUUACUUACAAGCCUGAUUAUAUCCAAAUAUAUCUUUCUUUGUUAUUGUACGGCCAUUUUGUAUAAUUUUUAUAUCUUUAUAAUGGUUAAAAAGUAGAAUAAAU